AUAUUGCCAGAACUAAGGCAACAUAGUGCUGUAUUGAGAAUAAAAAUAAAACUGUUCGCCAAUUUCCCGCACAAAAUGGAAGCUCUAUCGAAUCUUUUACAACCCUACAAGCAUAUUGUGGCUAAAAUGGCAGAAACCGUGACAAUGCUGCAAAUGUUUUCUGGUGUAUUUAUGUGCUGGGAUAUCUAUAAAAAGAAGAGUACUAAGGGAACUGAUGUUAUGGCGUUCCUCAUAGGACUAAUAAUAGGAGUUCUCCAAUUGAACUAUGGGUUGGUUCUCAAAGACCCAUCAAUGGUGCAAGUGAAUUUCUUCGGCUUAUUGUUAAACAUUGGAUAUCUUUCUGUAUUCGUGAAGUAUGAAAGGAACCCGGGUCCUAUGUGGAAGAAAAUUGGUAUUGCUUGUGCUAUAAGUGUUACUGUGAUCACUUAUUGCCAGCUGGAGAACCCUGAACUGGUGGGCCACAGAUUCGGCUUAUUCAUGAUGGCUUUCAUGAUGUUCAUAAUCGGACAAUCGUUGUAUGGUUUGAAAGACGUAAUCAAGAACAAGUGCACGGAAGGCAUGCCCUUCCCGAUCAUCCUAUCAACCACGGUGGUUACCUUCUCCUGGUUGCUCCACAGUAUCGCUAUAAAGAACCAGAUGCUUGUGAUACAAAACUUCCUCGUCUGCUCGUUGUUCGCGUUCCAACUUUCUUUCUUCUUUAUAUAUCCUUCAAGAAGAGAAGAGAGUAGCGAGAGUAAAGACAAAAAAGAAGAUUAAGCUAACCGAACAUUUUGUUAAAAUAGUUUUAUGUGUAAAUUAGAUAAUUAUUUAUUGAAUAGGUUUAAGAAU